CAAGAAACUCAUCUCCUCAAUGCCAUAGUGCUGCUCUCAGAGUCAGUUACUCUCAUAUCUGUUUUAUUCAGUACAAGGGAUUGCUUCAUUACGUGGCAUACAAGGUAGAAGCUGCCAAAGAUUUCUUAAUUCUUAAUCCUCUGGUGUAGAAAGGAUCACAGGAAAGGUGGCAUUUACUGUCAGCCAAAGAUCAGGAUGAGUUGGACUGGUACCUGACUGUAGGAUCUAAAUCUCUUUGGUAAUGAGAUGCUGGACCCGUAUCACACAUAUGAAAAUUCUGCUUUAGAUAACAGAAGUGAUGGAUUUCAGAUCUGGAUGUGCAUCUCUCGGAGAGAUUAUGAUGGGACUUUGGCUUCUGCUGGGACUUGCAGUCAGCUUCUCCUCACCUUUAUGAGUCAUUGCUGCACAAUCUGUUAGCUAAACAUCUGUUUUCUGAGUGAUUACUUCUUUCAGAGUUGUGCAUCGAAAAGAUGUAAGGGACGAACCUGCAGCGUUAACAUUUAAAGGACUGCACAUGAACAGCUGCUUCUGUAAACAGGUGAACAAGUGCCUCCAAUAGUUUUUUUUAUUGUAGUAGUAGUAGUUUGCAGGUGUUUUGAUUGACAGAUAGUUGGCAGAUACUUUAUCUCCCCGUGCUUCUGUGGAAUUAUAAUGUUGAAUGGCAGAACAGCUGAUGGGUUUCUUAUAAAUGCAAUUAUUGGAGGCUGGUUACACUUCAUUGUAUAGACUGUGAGAACUAUUUUUUUAUGUUUUGGCCCCAAGUUUGUUUUCUACAAAUGCCCGAAUGCAGACUGAGGAUUUGGGAAUAUUUCUUACACCUUCAGCAUCCCUGGAUAUCUACAGGAUCUUGUAACUGAUGAACGUCUCUGGACGAGCCCCCGAUUCUUCAUAAGCACAUUGGAGUUUUUCCAAAGAAACCACGUUUCUUUAUUUUUAAACAGAGAAGGAUUAUUGAUCGAUGCCAUUUCUACCCCGAGGUCUGAACUGAACAGACACACCGUGGAGUCUGGAUAAGCCGGGCAGACGGGGCCCAAUGCUUCUCUUCAUAUUAAGAUGAAGUUAUGGAAGUUUGCUGUCAUUGGCCUGAUUCUCUGUGGUGCUACACUCCCCCUCCUCAUCUUUAAAGCCACACCCUCUUCUAAAGCCCCGCCUCCUCUUCCUCCUCCCCACCGCAGAGCUUCAUCCUCAUCAUCACCAUCAUCUUUGUCUACACCAUCUAACUCCUCAUCCUCCUCCGGGACAGUUGUAAGACCGCGGCGGGUCAGAUCUGCUGAAAGUGGAAACUUUCUGAUCACAGAAUUUAUGGAGAUGUUUCAGAGCUUCACAGCGGGCGAGCUGCAGCAGGUCAUCGGGACGCUGCUGGAGAGGAAAGCACGGCGAGAUGCUCAACAGAGCAAGAGAACCAAGCGGGCUAAGAAGCGCAGCAAACCCUGUUCGCUACGGGACGUGGAGGUGACGGUCAGUCAGCUGGGUCUGGGAUACGUCAGCGAUGAGACUGUAGUCUUCCAUUACUGCAGCGGUAAAUGCACCGCCAACCGCAGAAACUAUGACCUGACACUGGCGUACAUGAAGCGCCAGCGACUGCUCACGCGAGACCAGCGUGAAAAAGCUCGCCACAGCCCGUGCUGUCGGCCUAUAGCAUACGAGAAAGACAUCUCUUUCCUUGAUAACUUUAGUCGAUACCACACCAUCCAUGAGUUUUCGGCCCAGGCGUGUGGAUGCGUGUGACAUCGUAGUUCAUCCAGGACCCAAAGUACAUUUAUAGGAAGAUGUUUUAUUUAUACAAAACAUCAAAAGAUGACAAUAAACCCAAAUGCUGCGAGAGCAGGAUCCGUUUUGGGCUCAAAGCACUGAGAUGUGUUCUUGUCUACGUGAGAUAUAAACGCUGGGUUGUCGGAUUCAACAUAAACACUUCCUGAAAAUAUAUUUAAACACAAUAACUCAUGAUCUGGUUUUGCUGCUGUAUAUGUUGUUCAUAAUGCCUUCACAGGUCUGUUUCAAAUAGCUUGAAAUGUCGGCUGAAUGUUGUGUAAAUGUACAAUCUAGAAAAUUCAUUAGGGUA